GUGGUUGCAUCUCAGGCGACAGAUGACACCGAAUGGCUUGCUGCAUUCUUCCCGUCCUGGGGCCACAACAUCUAUCCUGUCGGGAACCAUACGAAAGGACAUGAGGCAAUGGUAUACCUCACCUACGUCAUUGACAACUACCACUUGUUACCGGAUAUUGUCAUCUUCUUGCACGCAGCUCGCUACCAAUGGCACAACGAUGAUCCAUUAUACGACAAUGCUCGAGCCUUGUCCAGGCUGCAGUUAUUGUAUAUCCAGAAGCAGGGAUACGUGAAUCUGAGGUGCGCGUGGAGACCAGGUUGUCCGUCUGAGAUACGACCUCACGAGGCUUCCGUCGGAGCCUUGUCGGACAAAUUCGGCAUGCGGACAGGCCCGUUCUUUGCAGGUGCUUUCAGGGAACUCCUCCCUGAACUUACGGUACCAGAAGAUGUCGGUGUCGGUUGCUGUGCGCAAUACGCUGUCUCAAGACAGCAAGUCCUGAAGCGGCCGUUGGAAGAUUACGAGAGGUUUCGACGAUGGCUGGCGGAGACGGAGCUGGAGAGCAGCAUCAGUGGAAGAAUAUUUGAGUAUAUGUGGCACGUCUUGUAUGGUAAAAAAGCUGUCCAUUGUCCUAAGGCAAGAGACUGCUACUGCCGGACCUACGGACUCUGUGACCUCGAAUGCCACGAACCUGGAGCUUGCGAUUCACAUCCGUUUCCUAAGUCUUCUAUGUUGCCGGCAGGUUGGCCAUGGUACGGCUGGCAAGGAGAGUGGCAGAAU